CCCACGAGAAGAAAAUGACGAUAUCAUACGACGAGGAGUUCUCGUCGUUGAUGUUACGAUGGCGUGGAUCACUGUGGAAAGCUGUGCUCAAGGAUCUCAUUGCUUUUUACAUAGGAUACUAUAUUAUUCUUGCUAUCCAGUGGUACGUGCUGGACGAAAAGCAAAAAGAGUAUUUUACUGGAUGGAUCCACUGGUGUGAGAUCGGAUCGCAGUAUAUUCCAUUGUCAUUUCUUCUCGGUUUCUUCGUCUCAGUGAUUGUGGCGAGAUGGUGGGAACAAUUCAACUGGAUCUCAUGGCCGGAUAAGAUGAUGAUGAUGGUUUCCGCUUGCCUUCCUGGCAAAGAAAAUCUUGCCAUACGUCAAGCAAUCGCUAGAUGGUCUUCCCUGCAAGCAGCCGUGGCUUGGUCGGGAAUCUCAGUGCGAACACUGAAGAGAUUCCCCACAGAAAGACAUAUGGUGGAAGCGAAAUUGAUGACCGAGGAAGAAUAUGACAUGUAUAUGAACCUGGACGCUCCUCAUGGAAAAUGGUUUGUGCCAAUCAUGUGGAUUGUUAACCUUAUCAAAAAACAAUAUGCCCUCAAGAAAAUAGAUACUAUCCAAUUAGAUAUGCUUCUGAAGCAGGUUUAUAGCUGGCGAGAUGGAUUUGCAAUGCUCUUUGUUUACGAUUGGGUGAAAAUCCCUUUAGUGUACACACAAGUAGUAGCCAUCGCUACUUAUGGUUAUUUCUUUAUUUGCUUGAUCGGUCGGCAACCAAAGUUGGACCAGAAAUCGAUGGAAACUGAAAUCACUAUACUGUUCCCAAUCUUCACCACUUUUCAAAUGUUAUUUUAUCUGGGAUGGUUGAAAGUCGGGCAAUUUCUGAUGAACCCCUUUGGAGAAGACGAUGAUGACUUUGAACUGAACUACGUCCUGGAUCGCAACACUCACAUUGCACAUAUGAUGGCAACUGAUAUUGCCGACCAAUGCCCGGAUGUUGGUCCUCCCAUGGAAAAGCUGAUUCCUCAUACAAGAGCAUCAUUCAAAAUUCAGGAUGUCAUUCCAAAAUCUCACUUAGCUACGUUUAAAUUGACCGAAAAUGAGAUGAAAUUGGUACUGCCAGCAGACAUAGAGGAGAGCGAGAGGUUGCUGGAGCAAAGAAAAGGCCAAAGACAACGCCUUGGUGGACUAGUAAGGGCUAUAGAUGAGGCGAAAAAGAGCAUAAAGAAAAACGGAGACAUAGAAGAAGAAUGAUAGACUAAUAAAGAAGAGUAAACUGACUAAUAAGCAGCAUUUAUACGAUGA